ACGUGAUCUAUUAUGGAAGUCGAAAAUCUGUAAAUGUUGCAAACUUACUCUUAGUCAUUUUCACUAGCUUUUAAAUAGCUAAGAAAUGCCAGGACCUCUUGAACGAUGGCUUGAAACGUUUUUGUGCGGACAGUUUGCUGAUAAUUUCGAGAGAUACGGCUACAGAACGCUACAAACAGUAUGUCAGAUGCAGCUACCACAGUUGUUAUCAAUUGGAAUACCACAUAAAGAAAGUGAAAUCAUACUCCAAAAUAUACAGAUCCUUAGACAAUCUACAGCUGCAGUUGCCCAGCAACAAAUGCAACAUGGAAUGAGUGGUAGCUAUAGCAACAGUAUGUCACAUGACCAUCAUGGAACAUCCUUUCAGGGCAGAGAUGUUUUACAAGAACAUACGAAUUACAUGGGCCCUGAUAGAAGCUGUUACAACUAUGGCAGUCAGAGUUCCAGUGUAAGCGGCCAGUUCUAUAACCAAGGUGUGUCUCAGUCUCUCGAUCCCAUGAUGAGUUCAGCCUAUAGACAACAGUAUCAAGGAUCAUCUAGUUAUCCACAGCAGUUGGCAGAUGGAGCGCAGUACUCUAAUAUGGGAAUGCCAUCUCCGUCUUCAAGUGCUGCUGUUGUAACAUCACGCCAUGCUUUUCCAGGGCAUGUCCCAGGGUCGCCGCUAAUGGGUCAGUCAAAUAUGCAGCAUUCACAUCCACAUUUGAGGAGUUCUGGUCAGACUCCACAGGAAGUUGCAAAUAAUAUCCUGCAUAUGGCUGCCUCCUCUUAUCCUACAAAUAAUACAGUACAAGUGCCACUGUCGAAAAGCAGAUCUUCACCAUAUCAUGUACCAUCAAGAUCACCAAAUUACAAUUCAAAGCUGCAAGACAACCAACAGCUUAUGUGUUCAGAUUAUAACCAAGGACAGUUUGCUUACCCUAGUCCACCUCAUCAGUCGCAGCUGCACAUGCAGUCUAGAGACCCAAGACUGUCACCAAUAAGUCCAGCCUCUGUAGGAAUGAUACCCAGUCCACACUCACACCAAAGUGGGCGUUCUGUACCAAGCUCGAGUCCUUGCUCGAUGCAUAGUCCAAGUAAAGGGCUAGUAAGAUCGCCAGGCCCCAAUUCGCAGUUUGUAAAUUCACCACAACGAGGACAGUAUCAAAUGUCAUCGUCAAUGAAUACCUCACAUCAAAGAAUGGUUUCUCCUAUUCCUUCCAAUCAACAACUAAAAGUCUCUGUUCCGUCUUCCAUGUCACAGCCUUUCCAACAGUGUUACUUUGGAAAUAUGUUAAACACAUCGCAAUAUCCAACAUUUCAGCAACCGAUGUCUGUCCAAUAUUCACCCAGUUCAAUUUCCCAAAUUUCUAAUAGUGGACAAUUUUGUAAUUCCCCUGGUUCGCAUAGCGGAAAUUUUCCACAUUCCCCUGGCGGCCAUAGCGGACAUUUUAGUAACAUAUCAUCUCCUUACACUCCGGGGUCUGGCAACUACCUUAGUCCAGGUCAAACUCAUAGUUCCCCAUCUACAACACAACAUGUGCCAGACAGUAGUGUGUCACACUCACCAAACAUGAAGCAGUGUAAUAGCCCACUUCAGUCUCUGCAAAAACUUUGUAUGUUGCCUGAAGCACAAGUUGUUGAUCCUAAAACUGUAGUAAAAGAAGCUUGUGUUCCUUCUCCAAAUGACUCUUCUAUAGCAAAAAGCAUAGAAAGUAGUUUAUCAAUACCAGUGUGUACAAACGCUCCAACAGAUUCCAGUUUUUCUCCAGCUUUCAAUGAAGUAGUUCAAUCAAGUUCAGAAUCAGAAGUGACGCAGAGUAUAUCUGAAACUGCUGUCAGUCCAGAUGUUAAAUGUCAACCUAAGAAGAUGAUGUUACUUCGAGCAGCAAAGGAUGAUUUGUGUUCUCCGCAAAGUGAUGAAACUGUUCAGUACUGUAGUGUUAAAUCAGAGAGUGAUGAUACGAAAGACUACAAAAUUGAGUCAGUAGAUGAUGGAGAUGAUAAAAAACAUUUAAUAGAUCAAAGUUCAGUUGAAUCAUUGAAUACUGAUAGAAAUAAUUCUGACAUUUUUGAUGGUAAAACAAAUACAUCUGAGACUGAUAAGAAAAAAACUUGUGAACCCUCAGAAUGUAAAACUCCAGCUGAAAACUGUGAAGGUGGCUCUGCCAAAGAUGGAGUUGAUUCUAAUGUAGAAAAUAAGGCAUUUGAUUAUUUGAAACCAGGUUCAGAAAAUGGCAUACAGGGUAUUGAAAACGUACCUGAUUCUAGUCGGAAUAAAGAAACUUGUGAUGCUAAUUUUGGGAUAGGUGCUACCACGUCUGAAAAUGUGCAAUUAAAUACAGCAAACAUUGAACAAGGAGCCAAAGUGCAAUCAAAAGAUGUUGAAGUGGCAUAUGAGUCAGAAAGUUCAGAUAGUGAUAAUGAAUCACAGCUUCUUGUACGUAAAGAUGUGAAAAAAACAUACAGUAAACAAGAGAGGUUGAAAAGUUUCGAGAUCAGUCCAAGAUUAAGAGGAGAUAGUACUGGAUCUCUAAGUGAUGAUCGGGAUAAUAGUGAUUUUGAGUAUGAAGAUCAUAUAGGAUGUGAUGACAUAGAAACAGGAUUUAGUGAUAUUGAUGAUAAGUCGAAUGAAAUAAUAGAAGAGUCUGUUGAUGAUGCGAAGGAUUUGGAUAAUGAUAUCACAGAUGGAGGUAUGGUUAUUGAUCGGGUCAUGAUUACAGGAUCGUGCUGGGAAAAGAAUGGCAUUAGAAAAAGAAGUAUUAGUAACAGUCAGAAGCAUAAAAAAAAUGGGCAUGUUAAAAGAUUACCUUUUAUGAGAGAGGUGUCUGAAAUAGACUCUGAUGAUGUGCCAAGCCCACUAGGCGGCGAUGUUGUUGAUGGUUUAGAAGGACCUGUUGGUGUAGAUAAUGGUGAUGGUACAGUUUCGGUUAGAAGACCGUCCCAUAUAAGGCAGAGAAAAACUCCUGUCAAAUACAAAGAUACCUCAUUUUUUCAGGGAGAUUUUAUUUUUGUUGAAGAGGAGGAGCAGUUUGUAGAUGAACCCAAGAGGAAAAUGGCUAAGAAAAGUAUAGAUGUAAAUCACAAUCCGAAGAAAAAUGGAGUUGUAAAAAAGUCAGACAAUACUUGCAGCAGUAAUAACAACGCUAGUAGCUCUUUAAAGGCAAAACAUUGUGUGAAACCAAAAAUCCAGGUCUCGUCAGACUCGUCCGUUUCAAAAAAUCUGGAGGAUACUAUGAAGCUUUUAGCAAAGCAAAAAGGAAAAAUGAAAGCUGAAAAGUCAAAAAGCACAUUUACAACAAAUAAUAUCAAAUUUGUGACAAAAGGUAGUGAUGGAAAACUGAAAGAAGUGAAAACUGUAACAGUUGUGAAAGAAGUAACCAAAGACGACUGUGUGCGAAAUAGUGUCUCAAAAACUGGGAUACUGUCAGUUAACCAAGCUCCGAAGUCAAAGUCAGAUCCAAAAAACACUCCUAGUCAUACAACUGCUGUAAUGACCAGAAAGUCAUCAAAACAAGAGUGUAAUAUUGAAAAGAAUGAAAGUGUCAAAAAGAAAGCUCCUAGAAGACAGCUAAAUGGUGUUAAAACUGAUAGUAUUAAUGGCCAAAGAAAAGGAAGCGAAAGAACCCAUAAGAGCAGUUCUGUAGUAAAUCAAAAUACAGAAAAGAUGGCAAAAACGAAAAAAUUAAAACAGUUAUCUAAGGAAAAAGCUAUACCAGAUGAUGACAUUGAAGUUAUAGAAAUUGACUCUGAAGACAGUGUAGGUGCUGCAAAUGAAACUGGUGCUAACAAUAAUGUAACUGAAUUGCUUGAAGAUAGAGAAGCAGUACCAAAGGCAGAAAUUGUUGCUGUUGAAUGUCAGAACCUAGUAAGUGAUGAAGAAAAAGAAGGGAGAGGUUAUAUGUUUUCUCUAGUCGAAGAUGAAGUUGUGGAUGAAAAGUUGGUUGGGGAAAUUCAUACUGAUCUCAAAGAAAAAACUGAGGAAGGUGAUAUUGAUAUUGAACAUGAAACUCCUGCUAAAGAAAAUAUUAAAAGAUCCAGUUCUGGGUCAAAUAUAAAGUGUAAAAGAUCUAGUGCUAGACGUGAUAGGUCUAAAACAAGUGGUAAAGGUGUUAAGAGAAAGGCUUUUAUUGACCAUGAUCCUGAUUUUGAAUUUGGAUCAAUUAAAAAGGCAUUUAAAUCAAAUAAAUUGGAUCAGACUAGAGAUUCAUCAAGUUCUAAAAAAACUAAAAAGAAAGUAGAUAGAUGGGCAAAUUUCAAGGGACCUAAAGUAGUAUUUGAUGGCAUAAAGGAAACCGCAAAAAAUUGUGUUGUGAUAAAUGACCCAUAUGAAGAAAGUGUUUCUAAGAAAACAAAGACCACGGCUCAGAAUGUGACCAGAAUUGAGAUCUCACAACUUCCAUCAGAUAAAUCAGUUCUUAUUCCAUACAAUGAAACUACAGAAAAUGAGGAAUGGAUAUGUGCUCUUUGUGGUAAACAUAGUAGUUAUAAAUUUCUUGGUGAUCUCUUUGGACCAUAUACAGUUGAGAUAAUGUCAGAUGACAUGUUGGAUUUGAGUCCAAAAGUUCGCCUCGGUACAAAAAAGAAAAGAUCAGAGGAGAGUCAGUCAAGUGUGAAUAAGAGUAAUAAAUCAGGGAGACGUGCUAGCAGCGUGUCACAGGAAGCUAGUGAAUGGAAAGAGGUCUGGGUCCACGAAAGCUGUUCUGUUUACUCUGAUGGUGUCUUUCUGAUUGGUUCCAAGAUAUAUGGUCUCCAAGAAGCUGUGAGAAUUGCUAGCCAAACUCCUUGUUCUGUGUGUAAUGAAAUGGGUGCAAUGAUUGGUUGUUUGAAUAAAGGUUGCCAACAGAAAUUCCACCAUGUUUGUGCUCAGGGAGCUGACUGUUACUUGGAUGAGGAGAACUUUUCACUUCUUUGUCCAAAACACAAGGUAAAAAAAAUUGAAACAGCUAGAGGAAGCAUCCACGUCAUCUAGUGUCAGUUGAUAGAACAGUGUACCUAUAACUGGACAAGCCUCUUCCACUCUUUAAAGAUGACAGCUUGUUUUUGCACGGGUUCAAGGCUUGACGUAACACAAUAUGAAACAGAUUCCUGCAUCAGCUGUUGCCGAGCUGAUUACAAAGAAAAAGAUCUGUUGGAGCAGAUGGAGCAAACUGAGAAGUUGACUUUAAAGAGCAUAUCACCUUACAGACAAAUUUUAUUAGAUCAUUUACCUUGAGGGAUAAGAGAGACAGUGUUGUUAAUGUAGAAACUUCUUGUUAAGUUCUGGGUUUAUGAUUAUCAGUAGAUUAUUAUGAUGUUGUGUAUAAAUCAGAACAUGCAUGUACAAUGCUAGGGUACAAUUUAAAGUGUUUAACAUGCAUUUAAAUUGGAGGUUUUUCAGCUUUUAGCAUAUGUUUAUGGACUGUUUUGAAGAAGUGUAUACAGUAGUCUCUAGCAUAAUCAAGUCAGUAAGAUUUAAUUUUGUUGUAAACCUUUACUACAUCACUACAUGUGUAUAUUGAAAGGGCAUUUUAUUAAUGUGUAAAAUUGAAAAAUGGGAGAUUGUGACAUUAGUUUAUAAACUUGAAUUGGUUAUAUUGUUCAGUGGACAGAUAGGAACUAUUCUAGACUUACUAAAAGCACUUUGAUGACUCCCAAUAUCAUUAUAAUUGUACCAAUUUUCCUAUAUUUGUAUUUGAAUAGUUGUCAAGUUGCUGCAUUUGAAAUUGAAACUUGUAACAUGAAUAUGUAUAUCGAGGGAAAAUGUUGUUGUAAUUAUUAUCUCUUUUUUUUUUUUCUUUCAAUUUUUGCAUGUAAACAGAUUUUACCUCAGAUUUCCCCGCCUCAUUCACAACAAACAAAAUAUUUCAAGUUGUUAUACCCACACAUCUGAGGAGGGGGGUGGGGGGGGACAUGCAUGCAUGAUUUGGCCUUGUCAGUUUUUAACUUGAAAUUGGCCAUUAGCAAGGCUGCAUUCAUCUUUGUUGUUUAGCUAUUAGAAAGUACAGUCAUCUGAAUGUGGAAUAAUCUAUUAACAUUUAUUUAUCAUUUAAGGUUGACUUUUAUUCCGGAAUUUUAAAUAACAGGAAUGUAUGACAUUUUCACCUAAAACAAACUUGAAGUAGAUCAGUUUUUGAAGUAAGGCACACAGAAAUAGAUGUACUUUUUUAAGUAAAAUAAUGCACUGGUUAUAAAUUCAUGUGGGCUUUUAAAGAAUACUCUUUUGUUGGAAAUAAAUGCACAACAAUGCCCUCAAAAAUUAAUAAUUUAAUUGUUUCUAAAUACAUUGUAAUGCUGUUUCAUACCAAGAGUGGUGAUUGAAAAUGUUAAUAGCAUUAUUUAUGAAAUAUGAUGACUGAGUCUAAGGUUGUAAAACUUUUCUUUGGAGACCAGUCUAUUUUCCCUUGAAUCUGAUCGGUUGAAUUUAAAUUCAGUCUUUAAAUGGACCAAUGACAUAGGUGUAUUCUGGGAUUGACCUUGAAUUCUUUGCAUUGUUCUAAUUUGGUCUUGUUCAGCUGAUGUAUCUGCAGUUCAACCAAAAGGACAAACUUCAAAAAUCUUCUCCAAAAUUGAAGGCCCAGAGCUUUGAUAUUCGAUAUGUAGUAGCAUUGUGGUCCUCUGCCAGAAUUUUUCAAAUCAUGCACCACUGGUCAAAAGUGGCCCUCCCUGUGGUUCACUUGUUGAACAUAGUCUUUAUACUAGAGACAAAAAUCUUCCUGUCUAAAAUCUCAAGGUCUGGUUCUUGGUAUGUAGCAUUGUCUGGUGGUCCUCUGCAAAGUUUUUUUUUCAAAUCAUGCCCCUGUGGUCAAAAUUGGUCCUGCACUUGUUUUACAAAGACUCGUACAGGAAAAGCUUAAAUCAAACUGAUGAUGUCCUCAAUUUAUAGUGAGGUUGAACUGAUGUAUUGAAAGGAAACUAAGCCUAUGUGUUGCUUUUAAUAAUACUAAGAUUUAAAUGAGCCGUGCCAUGGUAAAACCAACAUAGUGGGUUUGCGACCAGCAUGGAUCCAGACCAGCCUGCGCAGUCUGGUCAGGAUCCAUGCUGUUCGCUAACAUUUUCUCUUAUUCCAAUAGGCUUUGAAAGCGAACAGCAUGGAUCCUUGAAAAGUACUGUAAUCCGCUUAAAAUCGUUUGUAGGUUAAAAAACCUACAUUUUGUGUGAUUUCCUUGUCACCUGUUUCUUUAAUAUAUUUUCACAAAUGAAGUUUCUUAGAGUUAGCUUGCUGAAACCAAGCCAAGGUACUGUUUGAAAUUCUUUAUGUCUAAAAGAAUGAUCUUUAAAGUUCUUGUAUGAAAAUAAGAAUAGUGUUUGAUGUAAUAAAGUUACUUUGUUGUUAAAACAUGUGCAUCUGUGAUAGUUUUAUAGCGAUGUUGUGACUUUGUAAAUACACCACUAGCUGGACAUUAUUUCUUGUAAAUUGUUAGCAAAAAGACUGCUUCUUUAGAUUUCUUAGUGCCUUUUUAUAUGUUUAAUUCUUGGAACUAAGUAUUGAUAAAUAUAUUGGAAGAAUCUUUUUUUUUUUUUCAUAAGAUCAGUUAUUCUUCAAUGCGGGCAUAUGUAUAUUUUGUAAAUUACAUGUAUAAAAGACUUUUCCUCCCAAUUUGUUAUUUGAUAUUUGAAGACGGAAUGUCUGUGAUUAUUAUUUUUCAAUGGUUGUGUUUUUAUUCACUUUCUUUCCCUUGUCUGUUUUGUUUAACCCUUAGCCUGCUAGCGGCAAGAGGUUUUGCCUUUGCAAUCAGUGCAGACCAAGAUCAGCCUGCACAUCUGUGCAGACUGAUCAUGGUCUGCACUGUUUGCCAUUCAGUCAGUAUCUUUUCGGUAAGCACCCCUUUUAACAGUUAAUGGUACUGUUCAAAUUGAAAGAUGGACAAGGUCAUUAUAGAAAUUUAGCAGGGUAAGGAUUAAGGGGUUUUUUGUUUUUUUUUUUUUUUUUUUUCAGUUUAAAGUUAGCAUUUGUUUCUAUUUUUGGUCUAAGAUUUUUGUUCUGUUAAAAGCUAACAAUUUAUCAUUAUAAAUGCCACAUUAUUUGUUGCCUUUAAGAAAAGAAGAUUUUCUGAAACACAGUGUCAUUACAGUUUUCUUGGAACAUUUACUGAACACUGAAAAGUCAAUUUAUUGUAAAAAAAGUUUUCGUGAAGCUGUUUCUAUUAAAAUAAGUAUUGACUUAAGCUGUUAUAGUCCCCAAAAAAGUUCCAGUACUGCUCUUGGUAUAUAUUGAGUUACAGAUAAUGUAUUACAAUAUUACUUAUACUGUUAGAAGUUUAAUUAAUUUUGUGAAGUUUCAUGUUUUUUAUUGGGCUGAAGUAUAGACUAAGUCAAAAAUUUAAAGCAUUCAUUUAUAUAACCUGGAGACCGAAUGACAUAUUUCACAAACGUUUUAAUUGUUACCCCUAGAAUAUUGUAUACCUUGCAGCUUGUAAAAGGAUUGAAAAGACAUGCUUUUUAAAUCCGUAUUAUUAGCCCACCAUCAUCAGAUGGUGGGCUAUUCAAAUCACUGCAUCCGUGGUCCGUCGUCCUUCCGUCCGUUGACAAUUUCUCGUUAUCGCAUCUCCUCAGAAACUACCAAGGAGAUUUUGACCAAACUUUAUCAGAAUGAUGUAUUGGUACCCUAGUUAUGUCCCCCUGAAAAUCAGACUGGUUCAACAAUUUUUUAGUGAGUUAUGGCCCUUUGUUUAUUUCUAUAAUUUACACAGAUUUAUAUAGGGAAAAACUUUGAAAAUCUUCUUGUCCAAAACCACAGAGCCUAGGGCUUUGAUAUUUGGUAUGAAGCAUCAUCUAGUGGUCCUCUACCAAGAUGAUUCAAAUUAUUUCCCUGGGGUCUAAUAUGGCCCCGCCUUGGGGGUCACAUGGUUUAUAUAGACUUCUAUAGGGAAAAACUUUGAAAAACCUCUUGUUCAAAACCACAGGGCCUAGGGCUUUGAUAUUUUGUAUGUGACAUCAUCUAGUGGUCUUCUAUUAAGAUUAUUCAAAUUAUCCCCCUAGGUUCAAAUAUGGCCCCGCCCCAGGGGUCACAUGGUUAUAUAGACUUAUAUAGGGAAAAACUUUGAAAAUCUUCUUGUCCAAACCACAAAGCCUAGGGCUUUGGCAUUUGUAAUGUAGCAUCAUCUAGUGGUUCUCUACCAAGUUUGUUCAAAUUAUCCCCAAAGGUCAAAUAUGGCCCUGACCUGGGGGUCACAUGGUUCAUAUAGACUUAUACAGGAAAAGCUUUUAAAAUCUUCUUGUCAAUAACCUACAAUAUUCAAAUUUAGACCACAUGUAUGGUUUUGAGUGGCAAGAUGAACAUUGACAUGAGUUGACCUUGAUUUUGACCUAGUGACCUACUUUCACAUUUCUGUAGCUACUGCCCUCACAUUUGGACCACAUGCAUAGUUUUGUGCACUGAAAAAAACUUUGACCUUGACAUUGACCUAGUGACCUACUUUCACAGUUUAAAAGGUGCAGGCUUCAAAUUUGGACCACAUGCAUAGUUUCGUGUUCCGAAAUAAAAUUUGACCUUGAUUUUGACCUAGUGACCUAGUUUCACAUUUCUCAAGUUACAGCCUUCAGAUUUGGACCUCAUGCAUAGUUUUAUGUACCGAAACAAACUUUGACCUUAACAUUGACCUAGUGACCUACUUUCAAAUUUCUCAAACUAAUUUGGGCCGCAUGCAUAGUUCUGUGUUCCGAAAUAAAAUUUGACCUUGAUUUUGACCAAGAGACCUACUUUCACAUUUCUCGAGCUACAGCCUUCAAAUUUGGACCACAUGCAUAGUUUUGUGUACCAAAAUGAACUUUGACCUUAAGAUUGACCUAGUGACCUACUUUCACAUUUCUGUAGCUACAGGCUUGAAACUUAGACCACAUACAUAGGAUUGUGUACCAAAACAAAUUUUGACAUUGACCUAGUGACCUACUUUCACAUUUCUCGAGGUACAGCCUUCAAAUUUGGACCACAUGCAUAGUUUUGUGUACCGAAAUGAACUUUGACCUUAAGAUUGACCUAGUGACCUAUUUCACAUUUCUGUAGCUACAGGCUUGAAAUUUAGACCACAUGCAUAGGAUUAUGUACCGAAAAAACUUUGACAUUGACCUAGUGACCUACUUUCACAUUUUUGAAGGUACAGGCUUUAAAUUUGGACCACAUGCAUAGAUAUGUGUUCUGAAGUGUAAUUUGACCUUGAUUUUGACCUACUUUUGCAUUUCUCAAGCUACAGCUUUCAAAUUUGGACCACUUGCAUAGUUUUGUGUACCAAAAUAAACUUUGACCUUAAGAUUGACCUAGUGACCGACUUUCAAAUUUCUCAAACUACAGCCUUCAAACUUGAUGCACAUGCAUAGUUUUGUGUACAAAGAACUUUUCCUUGAAAUUGAUCUAGUGACCUACUUUCACAUUUCUCAAGCUGCAGCUUUCGAAUUUGGACCACAUGCACAGUGUUGUGUACGGAAGUGAAAUUUGACCUUGAGCUAGUCAGUAAGUAUUGAAAUUUGGAACACUCAAAAAUGGCACAUUGGUGGGCGCCAAGAUCACUCUGAUCUCUUGCUAUUUUUUACCACAAUGCCAAAUUGCUGUUUUCAUCAGUAUUUAGUGUAAAAUAUAUUGUAUUGUUCAUUUAUAUCUGAAAUCAUUUACAAGGAAUACUAUUUCAUAAAAUGAUUAAUUAAGGACAAAAUAGUUGAAAUGGUGUGUUUCUAAACAUCACUGAAUAUCCUUAUGUGUCAGUCUUAUUGUUGUUGUAAAAUUGGAUUUCAUAGGGGAAUAUUAGUUCCUGAUUUUUUGGGAAUUAAAAUUAGCUGAAGUUUAUUUCUGUCCCCUCGUAUGGGGAGUUUUAUAUUGCCUUUUCUAUUUGGCAGUCUGCUUGUUUGUAUGUCACAUAGUUUGUCAUAACUUUUUUCUUAUGGAUUAUUUUGAACAAUCAGUACUAAAUUGCACAUUUUUCCAAUGUAAUGGUAAUAUUUUUUGGCAGACUUGUUUCUGUUAAGAUAAAAAGAGAAAGUUUGACCAGACUUUUUUGUCUUGUGCUGUUAGAUUGGUUGAUAAUGUUUUCCAGGUUAUUGUAACAAUAUUUGAUGGAAUCAUUGCACUUUACAGUUUUUUUCCCAUACAUAGGAUUUGUUUAGACUACUGGUUACAUUUUUCCAAUGUUUAUAGAAAGGAUCCUUAGAAAGCCUUGCUGUGCAAGUUAUUGGCAGGAUUUAGCAGAACUAUGAGAGUACAUUGUUAAUUAUUAUUAUCUUGUAAGGAUUGAAACAAAUAUUCAUGUUUCUGCCAAAUGCAAUUUUCGAAUUUGAAUAUUCAUUUUUGUACCCCCCGACAACAAAGUUGUAAGGGGGGGUAUACUGGUUUCAGGUUGUCUGUCUGUCUGUCUGUCUGUCUGUCCGUCUGGUCUUCUGUCCGUAGACGCAAUCUUGUGCGCACCAUCUCUCCUUAUCCCCUUGACAGAAUUUAAUGAAACUUCACACAAGUGAUCAGUACCAACAGUAGUUGUGCAUGGGGCAUGUUAGGUUCUUUAAGAAAAAAAAUUUGCAGAGUUAUGGGACUUUGUUUUUUUGUUACUAUACUAUAUACAUAGACACAAUCUUGUGCGCACCAUCUCUCCUCAUCCCCUUGACACAAUUUAAUGAAACUUCACACAAGUGAUCAGUACCAACAGUAGUUGUGCAUGGGGCAUGUUAGGUUCUUUUAGAAAAAAAAUUUGCAGAGUUAUGGGACUUUGUUUUUUUGUUACUAUACUAUAUACAUAGACACAAUCUUGUGCGCACCAUCUCUCCUCAUCCCCUUGACACAAUUUAAUGAAACUUCACACAACUGAUCAGUAACAACAGUAGUUGUGCAUGGGGCAUGUUAGGUUCUUUCAGAAAAAAAAUUUGCAGAGUUAUGGGACUUUGUUUUUUUGUUACUAUACUAUAUACAUAGACACAAUCUUGUGCGCACCAUCUCUCCUUAUCCGCUUGACACAAUUUAAUGAAACUUCACACAACUGAUCAGUAACAACAGUAGUUGUGCAUGGGGCAUGUUAGGUUCUUUCAGCGACAAAAAUUGCAGAGUUAUGGGACUUUGUUUCUUGUUAACAUACUAUGUACAUACAGCCUGCAUAUGCAAUCUUGUGCGUGCCUAAUCUACCAAACCCUUGCACACAAUUUAAUGAAACUUCACACAAGUGAUCAGUACCAACCCUAGUUGUGCAUGGUGCAUGUUACAUUCUUUUAGAUAAAUAUUCUGCAUAGUUAUGGGACUUUGUUUUUAGCUCGACUAUUCAUAGAAUAGUAGAGCUAUUGGACUCGCCCAUGCGUCGGCGUCGGCGUCUGCGUCGGCGUCCGCGUCGGUGUCCGCGUCCUGAUUUGGUUAAGUUUUUGUAUGUAAGCUGGUAUCUCAGCAACCACUUGUGGGAAUGGAUUGAAACUUCACACACUUAUUCACUGUGAUCAACUGACUUACAUUGCACAGGUUCCAUAACUCUAUUUUGCUUUUUUUCAAAAUUAUGCCCCUUUUUUGACUUAGAAAUUUUUGGUUAAGGUUUUGUAUGUAAGCUGGUAUCUCAGCAACCACUUGUGGGAAUGGAUUGAAACUUCACACACUUAUUCACUGUGAUAAACUGACUUACAUUGCACAGGUUCCAUAACUCUAUUUUGCUUUUUUACAAAAUUAUGCCCCUUUUUCGACUUAGACAUUUUUGGUUAAGGUUUUGUAUGUAAGCUGGUAUCUCAG